AUGCGUUGGCUCCGCUCACGGCCGGCAACUCCCGAGCUGUGCGACCCUCCAGCCGCUACUGGCGCCCUCGACGGCGCGUGCGAUCCCUCUGCCGAAGCUGCUGGUGCCAUGCCUGCGGCGGUGGCCGGACAAUUAGCAGAAAAGAUGCCUGAGGAGGAGGAGCGGCACCGGCUCGCACUAGCGCACCUCGGUUCCCUCCAGCGGCGCAAGACGACAGCGAGCUCUCGCGACCCCCGCCUCGCGUCCCGCUUGAGCCCUCUCCAUACCCGUCUCAGGCGAGUCGCUUCGGACCUCUCGCCGCUGUCCGAGUCGGAGCAACGCUUCCUCUCCGAGGAGACGCUGCUCCGCUACCUGCGCGCGCGAGACGGCGACGAGCAGCGCUCCUCUAUUGCGUCAGGGAGCACACUUCCACGACACGUCCACCACACGUCAACAGGGAACGAGCAGCUCGCCUUCAUCAUGCUCGAGGCGACGCUGGCGUGGCGGCGGCGACACAUUGCUCCCGCCUGCGGGGAGGGAGGAGGGCUGCCGCGCUGCGAGGCCUGCGAGGCGAGAGCGGACCCACGCUCGCACUGCUUCAUGCGCGUGGGGGACGACUCGCGCGGGCUGCCCGUCGUCUACUCCGCCGCCGGGCGCGCCUCAGACAAGACCGUGCGAGACAACUGCAUGCACAUGGCCUUCGAGCUCGAGCGACUCUUUGACGGAGGCGCGGCAGCGGGCAGGAUGCCGGCGACCUAA